AUGUCUGGGGUGAAAAGCAUUCUCAAACUUGCAAAGGUAUCAUUAGAGCAAAAUGAUCCCGAGGCAGCAUUGGCACAUUCGAAGGAAGUGAUAAAGCAAGACCCCAAGUCUUAUUACGCCUUCGUUUUCCAAGGUAAAGCCUACCAGCUUCUAAACGACUUACCAAAGGCAAUCACCUCGUUCAAAAAAGCAAUAGAUAUUGAACCGGAGAAUUUACUAGCCUGGAAAGGUUAUUUCCAAAUAGCAAAGGGGUCAAAUGAUUACGAGCAGUUCUUCUCAGUGUUGACUGCAUUGGCCAGGAUUUACAUUGAACAAGGUGUGCCGAUCUCUGAGUUGUUGAGAGACAUGAGAACUUACUUGGACACAAAUGAGAUAAAGAAUAAUGAAACAUUGAACGAAUUCUAUCUAAGAUCAAUUUUACCAGGUACUGAAUUAGGCGAGUUGAUUGGUCCAUCAAUUGAAUCACCAUCAAAUACGUAUAAAAAAUUGAUUGAUUUGAAACAAACUCAAACGGGGAAAGAUAUGGUUGCCCGAGUUUCCAAAGAAAGGAUAAAGCUUGGAAGAGUUUUGAAUUUGGAGCAAAAGGCAAAAUUGGAUUCAAUUGCAUGGUCAUAUUAUUCUGACAAUGAUUUAAUAAAUCUAUACGACAAAUUUCUAAAUAUUUGUGAUGACGAGGAAUUGAGAAGGACGUACCAUGAAAAACUAUUGAAGUUCAAAUAUGAGUUAUUGAAGAUUUGUCCUGAUAAAGAGCCUUUGAUAAAGGAUAUAAAGCAGUCAUUAGAGGAUAUGAUUUUCUUGAAAACAACUAGCUUAUUUUGCUGGAAUUUGUACUUUGAUUGGAAUGAUAACAAGUCCAUCAAUGACUUGGAAGAAGAAAGAGUUAUAGAAUACUUGCAGCUAUUCCAAAAUGAAGGGUUGGGACUUGUUUUGUUUGGAUUUGUUAUGAGUGAUAUUUCUCCUUACAACAAAGAGAAAGUAAUCAAAGCAUUAUCGGGUAAGGAAAUUACACCACCAAGAAAAAGCAAGGAAGAAGGUAGUCUCGGAUUGGACGAGUUAGCAGAUGACGGCGAUAAUGAUGAUGAGGAUAGCUCACACCUAUACCUACCACAAGAGGAAGUUUUGGGUGUCUUGUUAGACGGAUUCAGCAAGGCUAAAGGGUCCAUUCUUGCAAACAGGAUUAUAGUAAACUACUACAUCCACUUGAGACAAUACCACGUUGCGUCUGAAAGAUGCCGAGAGGGGAUUAAAAUUUUGGCUGAUCUUCAACGUAACUUUGGGGUAGAUUUGAAAAACACCAAAGAGGAUUUAUUGUGCUCGCUAGCUAUUGUCUACACGUACUAUGAAGCCCCCAAAAAUUAUACUCGCGCUAUUCAAUUGUAUGAGAAGAUCUUGAUGACCAACCCGGACAACGUGAAGGCAAAAGUUGGGAAAGGGUUGAUUUAUGUUGAAAGAGGAGAAUUAAACGAAGCAAAAGCUCUUUUGGAAGAAAUUGUCAAGGAUUAUCCCAAUAAUUUGGAGGCAGAGUCUGAAUACUACUGGUGUUUGGUAAAGAUGGACCAGCAUGAAGAAGGUAGAGAGGGUUUGCUCAAAUUUUUGGCCAAAAUCACAGGAGGUGAUUUGCAUAGUCGAGACGUAAGGGCAAUUGCUUAUUGGAGAUUGGCAAAAAGCUAUAUGGAUAGUAGCAAAUACGAUGAGUGCUAUAAAUACUUGAUUGAAUCUUUAAAGAAUUCCGACUUAUAUGCACCAUCUUAUACGUUGUUGGGUGUGCUUCUACAGAAUUACUAUGGUGAUCUCAAAAGGGGACAAAAGUGUUUCUACAAAGCAUUCGACUUGGACCCUAAUGAAAUAACAGCAGCCAAGUAUCUAGUCGAGCAGGCCACGGAAAAGAAUGAAUGGGAAGUAGCAAAUGUGCUUGCUAAAAGGGUCGUUGAUAACGAAUCUACGCGAAGGUUAAUUAUGCGUGGAGAUACAGCUGAUCCAUCUUGGCCAUAUCGAGUUCUUGGCUCCGGUGCUUUGAACAACCAGGAUGAUGCUAAAGCCGUAGAGUGGUUUCAAAAUGCACUUCGAACCAAUGCUGAAGAUUAUAAUUGUUGGGUUGGAUUAGGCGAAGCCUAUUUCAAUUGUGGUAGACUAGAUGCAGCAGCAAAAGUAUUUCAGCAUGCAUUGGACAUGAAUCAUGAUAAAGACUGGACCAUACACUACAUGCUAGGAGUGGUAUUAUGUGAAAUGAAGGACUUUAAUGAAGGUUUGGGCUACUUGUAUUCUGCAUUGGAAAUGCAACCCAACGAAGAGUGCAUCAUUAGUGCAAUAUAUGAGGCGAAUAUUGAAAGCAGCAGAAAAUUCCUUCAAUCGGGAUUUUUUGGAAGAGCAGUUAAUUCGAUUCUCAAAGCAUUAAAUUUUGUCAAACAAGGGGUGGAGAUAAACAAAAAUUCACAAAAGGUGUGGAGAGCUUUGGGUGACAGUCUUCGUGUAUUUAUCAAAAUUCGCGAACGCAUAAACGAUACUCCCUAUGAUUUACUAUUUGAGAUUUUCAAUAACGUUGAUUUUAUCAACUUUGAAUACCCAUUAGACGAGUCAAUUUCUGUAUCUAAUGCCAGAGCCAAAUUAGAUGAAGGUAAGGAUGUGGAAUCGCUUGUUUUGUUGAUUAUACUAGCAUCUGCUGCCGCAUUGAAUAAUCUACCAUUGAAAGCCAACAAAAUACUCAAAGCAACUAGUUUUUACAAUCUUGGUUUGUCCUUGUUGGAAUCUUUUCAAGAAAUAGGAAACGCCGAAUAUCGCGAUUUAUCGGUAUACUAUCUCAAGCGGGCCAUCAAGAUUGAACAGAAUAACGCUAUUUACUGGAUUGCUUUGGGUAAUGCCUAUUUCACAACCAACCCACAAAUAUCUCAACAUUGCUACAUAAAAGCGACGACCUUGGAAGUCAAGGAUGCUGAAAUCUGGGUAAAUUUAGCAACAUUGUAUUUAAAUUUUGGUGACACACAACUAUCACAAGAGACGUUUUUGCGGGCACAAUCCGUUGCUCCACAAGAUGCACAGUCGUGGCUUGGAAAUGCAGUUGCUUCUGAAGUUUUGGGGGACGACGAAAAGGCAUCCGACCAAUACAUUCAUGCAUUUACUUUGUCUAAAGGUAGAUCAGCGUUGGCGCUGUUUUUGUAUGGGUUGUCUGUGGUUAAUAGAAGCAAAGACCGUGAUCCAAAAGACAUCGAAACUGCUCAGGAAUUUAGUAUAAGUAAUCAGGCUAUGCAGCAAUAUUUGAAGUAUUAUCCUGAAGAUGAAGCAGCAUUGAGUGUUGGACUUUCUAUUGCUGAGAGGUGUAAAGACUUUGAAACUGCUGUUCAGCUUGGAACCAAAUUGUGUUUGCUUUAUGAAAAACUGUAUGAGGAGACAGAAAGUGAGAUUACUUUGCUGAAGUUUGCAGAUACAAAGAGUCAAUUAGCAAGAUUACAUUUAGGAUUGGGUAAUUAUGACAGUGCCAUUGAAGAAGCAAAAACCGCACUCGAGCUUGAUCCUGAUCUGGUACAGAUUGCCGUAUCAGUGAGAAUUACUCUUGGUUUGGCUUAUUUCUUCACUAAUAAAUUUCAAGAAGCAAUUGGUGAAUUGAAGAUUGUCUUGAGUGAGUACCAGGAUUCAUCGAGAAUUGUUGCAUUGAUUUCCCAGGUUUUAUAUGCCCAUGAUACUGAGGAGUCAAGGCAAGCUGCUAUUGAUCAAUUAUUUGCACACAUCGAAGAUCAUGGUUCAUCCUUAUUGAUUGUACUUACUCUUGGUGCUAUCUCUUUAGUUGAAGAUUUGCCAGAGUACCUUGAAGCGGUCAAAGACGAUUUAUUGGGAUUGAAUUUGAACGAAAUUGUUGCCGAUACAAGGAGAGAAGUGCCUAAAUUAAUUAGUGAAAUCAAUGACAGAUUAGGUAAAGAUGAGGAUAAGAUUUGGUAUAGAUAUGCAUACAUGUUUCCUUUCAGCUAUCAUAUCUGGAAGCAUAUUAAUUCGGAAAUGGCUAAGCAGGUGAUUAUUUCACGAAAUGAAAAGGUUACUGGUAAUGAGUAUGCUGAAGCAAUGAUCAAAACGGGCCAUUUGAGGGAUAUCCAGCGCGGCUUAAUGAUGAAUCCUUGUAAUGAAGAAGCAAUGAAGGCUAUUGAAUCAUGUAUAUAA